AUGCUAAAUAUGGCCAAGGAGUCGGCGGCGCGGGUGCUGGCGGCGGAGCGGAGCGUGGCCGUGCUGACUGGAGGGAUUGCGGCGGCCAAGGAGGAUGGCGUCGCGGCUCUCGUCCGGCUGAAGAAUAUCAUGAAGGACAGGAUGAAGCAGGUGGAAUUGCAAUCUUUGGCACAUGUUAGAAAGAUCAGUGAACUUCAGGAGCAAUUACAUGAUGCUCGAAAUACUGUGGCAUCCCUUCAAGUUGAGCUGCAGAGAGCAAAUACCGAAUUGGAGGAGACACGGAAAACUUUAGCAGAGGAAAGAAUGAAUAUCCUUCCAACCUGUGGUAAGAUUGGUUCAAAUAAAAGCAAGAUCUCUCGUUCUAAGGUGCAUCUCCAAAAUAGAAGUUUGUCAUCAAAGGACAAAAAUACCGUUUGCCGCGUUUCCAGUGACGCCAAGGAAAAUGGAGCUGUUGUAAACAUGGAAAACCUGUAUCAUCGUGGUACUGAUAUGUCAUCAUUUAUAGCAAGAAAUAAGAAACGUGAGUUGUAUCGUAAUGGGUGUACACAGCGCAUUCGCGCUCUUAAACAGCGGGAUCCUGCUGCAGACUCCUCUAAACAAAGCAGCAAGGAGGCUAGUGCGUCGAAUAACCAUUCAAAGACUGGAAAGAGCGAUAGUGUUAGGAGCACUAGACAGACGAGAUCCACCAUCGAACAGAUACUUCAAACAAAGUUUCUGGCGAACUGCAAGCGCAAGAGAGGUCAACGAAGCAGGCCUGGUUAUAAGCAUGAUAGUUCUGAUGUGCAUGUUAAAACAGAAGAUAAAUCAUCUGGCACCUCUGAUGAAAACGGGUGUUUGCUGCUUCUUCAGGCACUCGAACAUGAUCUUUCACCUCCAGAUUUGUUUUCCGGACAUAGUGGUGAGGGGUUAACUGAUUUGAAGGACGAUUUGUUGAUGGGUGGGAAGGUUGCUGACUUCAAUUCUUGCAUGGCCUCCCCUGGCCCAAUAGAUGCACAUGCAAUCAGCAACAUGCGAGCGACAAGGAGAAAAAGAUCUAAGAUGGUUAGGGUUUUUGAAGCUGGUUGUUCUGAGUCCAAAAGUGUUCCAGGUAACAAUCUGCUAAGAUCAACCAAUGAGGAUACCAUUUUUGAGAAUGGGCAGAGCUCUGAAAGGAUAGAUGAUCACUCUGAUACAUCUGCCAUAAAUAAUGCUUCCGUUUUAAGUGAUGUGACUAAAAUUCUGAUUCAUUCGAGUGGUGCCAAUAAUGAUCAAUUUCAGUCUGGGGGCAGCUCCCCACUAGUAUUUCAGUCAACCAAAAGUCAAGUUGAUGGUGAAGGUGAAUUACGAGCGAAGCAUCCUGACUGCAGAACACCGGAGAAUAAUUCAGCAAAAAGGAAAGAAGUUAAAGUGGAUGAAAGUUGCAAUUUAACUUCAGACAGAGCUGAUCAUUUAAUCAUCAGCUCCUUGGAGAAAGAACAAAACGCGAAAGCAGCAUCCGGUGUUUCCAUGCAACCUGAAGGUGUGAGAUGUAUCAAAUACACAUUCAAUCGCAGGAAACGGAAGAAUGUGUCUUUGAACAGCAGCAGUCUGGUUAGUCUAGCUGACAAACAAGAGUCUCAGGCAAAGCCUGAGACACAAAAUCACUUCGUAGAAUCACCUAAAGGCGACAACCAACUAGCCCAUGUUGCCCAACAGGUGAUUAUUUUUGAAUUAUUAUGUGGGGUCAUCGGAAACUCGAUCGGGAAAGGAUUGCUUUCUGGAGCAAAAAAGCGGUUCUCCGAAGUUGAAAGCAGCCUCUAUUCCCGAGCCUUGGUGUACAAUCUCCGGGAUUACGUCGGCUCCGUGGACUCCAACCUCAUGGUGAACGAUGACGAGUGGAUGACCAUCGAUGCCACUCUCAUCCGCUGGUUCUACACCACCAUCUCGAAGGAUCUUUCCCACACGAUGGUCUCUGAUGAGGAUGAUGAUCAUGCCGUUUGGACGAAGCUCAACGGCCUCUUCACCGACAACAAGCUUCAGCGCAAGGUUUUCUUGCACAACGAGUUUUUUAGGUGUCAGCAGCAUGACUCGUCUAUUGACGACUUCUGCAUGCGCCUCAAGAAGCUCUCUGAUGAGCUCCGUGAUCUCGACGAGAAGGUUUCCACUGAGCUUCUUCUUAGUACUCUCCCCGCCGGCCUGAACGAGGAGUUCGGAAUGCUACCUCCAACCUCACCCUCAUCCCAACCUGACGUUCCCCAAGCUUCUCAACUUCUCCAGGAGUUGCUUUGUGAUGUUCACAAGGCCACGCUUGUGUACUGCGACAACAUCUCUGCCAACCCAGUUCAUCAUCGCCGCACGAAGCAUAUUGAGCUCGUUCACUUCGUUCGCGAGCAAGUGGCCCUUGGGCGCUUUCGGGUUCUCCACGUCCCGACGGCGCAACAGUUCGCUGAUGUGAUGACUAAGGGAUUUCCUACUCCCGUCUUUGAGGAGUUUAGGUCCAGUCUCCGCGUCUCCGGCGACGCUUCGACUGCAUAG